UUAAAAUAAACAUCAUGGGAAGGUGGUUUGGAGAUACUUUGACUAAGUAACUUUGACAGACAAUGCAAACGAUAGUUAAUACAAAAAAGGACGAUGCAAGUUUUGUAGCCAAGAAUAUAUAUUUAAAUUUAAACUUUUAUUAUAAUGAAUCAUGGAAUUCUUUCGCAAUAAUAAUUCAAUCGAAUGGACUCAUUAGUCGUCAAGGGUCUCAGCGCUCAAUGUAUUGGAUCAGAUGAGUUGCGAAAACAACGUGCCAAAAUUCAAGGACUUGCUGAUACUACCUCAGUACAACUAAAAAAAAAUGUCUAUCAAAAUUACAUGCAAUUUAUUGAAACAGCCAAAGAAAUAUCUCAUCUCGAAAGUGAAAUGUAUCAACUGUCACAACUACUUGGUGAACAAAGAUCGUUAUUAAAUACUCUCGUAUCCAAUCAGGCAACAGGACCAAUUUUUAAUAAUAAUCUCGAAGUAGAACUUGAAAACUCUAGCCUAAUUAGCAAAGAAGAAGAACAGAAACAAAAAAUUGUUAAAUUACUCGAAAAUGUUGAAGGUGCAAUGGGUUUGGUAGAAACACCAGGACGAAUUUGCUUGCAUGAAGGAUCUCUUUUGGAGUUAGAUCCUUUGGAUGGCACUCCGCUAAAAAGAAACCAUGCAUAUCUAUUCAACGAUAUCUUGAUGAUCGCUUCGUGGCUAGCAACCGGCGGAAAAAGAGGUCCACCACGAUAUAAAAUGCAAGCAAUAUAUAAUUUGCUAAGUCUAGCAAUUGUUAAUGUUCGGGAUAAAACCUGCUCAGUAAAACUCGCUUUCAAACUCUUGGCAUUUCCAGAUACCAGAGUGUUUCAGUGCGCGACUGCAACAAGCAAGAAAGAAUGGUUGGACAAAUUUGAGCAAGCAAAGCGAGCAAGAUUGAUUCAGGAAAAUCAAAAAGAUUCAUUAGAAAAUCGAGAGUUACCAAAAGAAAAGAAAUUAGUACCGUCAAGGUCAAUGUCAUUAGAAUUGAAUAAUUUCGUCGUAGACGAUACCGAUAAACGUGAGAGCAUCGAGCCUUUUUCCGAGUGGUUACUUGAAGUCACUGAAGAUUUAGACUCAUGUAUGGCUCAACGUCACUUCGAGGAGGCUUUCAAUCUUUUGGAAAAGACUAAAAAUUAUUUGAAAGAUGCGCAGUUAACACCACAGGUGGAUGAUAUAAAGACAAAAACUGACGAUCGUGGUCGCAUUUUGGUUGAUCUACUCACAAGGGAAUUAGAACAAAGUGCAGAUGCACAAUCUCUACAAGGUGGUGGACUCCGAAGUGCUAGACGUGCUGUCAAACUGUUGAUACAACUUGAUCGCAGUGCACAAGCAUGUCAGUUGUAUCUUCAGCUUUGCAAUGCUGCGCUCAAAGCCAGAUUGAAACGUGUUAAACGUGAAGGUGCAACUAUUCCAUAUGUAAAACAACUAAGUGCGAUUGCAUUCAGUAACAUAGUUGAAAUGGUUAGAGAAUUUUUAAAAUUGUUUCAAGAAACAACGAAUUGCACUCCGAGUCUCAUUGUUUGGUGUUGUCAAGAAAUUAAAUAUUUAACAUCACAUUUCAUUAAACAACUGUUUAUUCCACAAGUUACAUUAGGAACACUGGUGGAAUGUAUCGGAGCUGUUCGAAGUCAUUGUGAUCAGUUAACACAGUUAGGUAUAGACCUAAGGUAUCAACUUGAUGGUCAACUGCGAACACCACUAACAAGGGCGCUUCAAGAUUCCGGUGAAAAAUACAUUGAUGCUGUGAAGGUACGCGCUGCUGAAGACAUUUGGCGUCCAACCAACUGCAUGACAACAUACAAUCUACAAAAAAUUCUAACUGAAUUAGAUGAUCUUGGCAUUGCUGUUCCAAUAUCAUAUAGAACUGACGAUUGUUGGCUUUCACUUACGAGCAACACUUUGGCGUUCGCUAGACUAUAUAUAGGUUUACUAGAAGAUUGUCUGAGCGUUACAACACCUGAACUCAUCAAUACCAUUGAUGAUGUUCUAAUUUCUGUUAUGCAUGCUCAAGUUCAACACCUUACUUCAUCACUCAACAAUCCAAAAUUAAAACAAGAGAAAAAAUUAGUGCAAGACAAUGUUACAUACGUUUGUGAUGUUAUUAUUGAACGUGGCAGGGAGCUUUACAAAAGUACAACGGGUCACGAUUUCAAGCGACUUAUUAUCUUAAAGCAACAAUUGAUUUUUGCACCAGUAUCAAGUAAUAAACCAAAGCCUGCUCCACGUAAAUCAAUUCCCAAAUAUUCAACUACUGAAUACUUGUAAUUUUUCAUUUUCACUUUUAUAAAUUGUAACGUUCGAUUUUAGAAAUAUUUCUAAAUACGUUGUAAAUAAAUUAACAAUAAUAAUAAAAUUAAAUAUCUGGCAAUUAUAAU